UUCUAGAGCCGCAAAACUAAUAAAGGUAUUAUUAAAAAAAAAUAACUUUACACUUUGGUUAGGUUAUUAAACAGUCAUUGGUAUUUGAUUGCAUUUUUAUAUUUUAUUACUAAUUUUAAUUAUAAUUUGUGCAGUGAAAAACUAUUAGUGGUCUAAAAAGUAGGAUAUUUUUCUUAAAUAUAGUUGUUUAUCUUUCCUCGGGAGGCUUCUCGUCAUGUCACGUUUCAAAGGAAAUCUGUCAAGAUCACGCUCAUUCAGUAUGUAGAAUCUGGGAUUGUGUUAUCACUUCUCGAGAUUAAAACAAAGGAUUGUUUAUCAAAAUGGAGACAGUAUCUCCAACACUGCCUGACGACAGUUCAAGUGCCAACCCUAGCAGUGUUAAGAGUGAUGACAGCAGUCCACGUCAUGAAGGUGGCCGGGGUUCACCACCACCAAAUUGUGCAAUAUGCCUUGGUACAUGCAAGAACAAAUCAUUCACUGAUUCCUGCCUACACCAGUUCUGCUUUAAAUGUCUUUUGACUUGGAGUAAAGUGAAAGCAGUAUGUCCACUUUGUAAACAGAAUUUUAAAUCAAUAAUACACAAUGUACGUUCCAAUCACCAAUAUGAGGAGUAUAUGGUGGAGCAAAGAGAGACUGAAGAGACUAUUGAAAGAUUGGACAAUGAUAGCUCAAUUACACCUACAAGGAGAUUUAGAUACAGGACGACGUUGACUCUGCCGCGGCAGGAGUCGAUCACGAUCCAGGAGCUGCUGACGCAGUACCCGCUGUCCGCGGAGCUGUUCCCGCCGCCGGCGCCGGCGCCGCGCCGCCGCCCGUCGCCGGCCUCGUUCCGUCGCACCGUCUACCGCCACCGGCUCUGGGCGCGCCCGCUACCAGACUUCACGGGACGGUUCAGGGAUUGCACGCCGGAAUUCUACAGGUACAAUGACACGCAAAUGCACCGGUUAGUACCAUGGCUGAACAGAGAACUUAAUUAUUUGUUAAAUGAAAAUGUGGGGCAUAUAUCUUACGUAAUUACUCGCAUAUUGGAAUUACUUCCUCGGUACCAUAUUGCAUCGCAGGAAUUUAGAGAAGCUGUACAAGUCUAUCUUAGAGAUAGAACGGAGCAUUUUCUUCAUGAACUAUAUUGUUUCGCUUCCACUCCUUACGAUAUGACUGGUUACGAUAGGUAUGUACAAUAUACCACUAGAAUAUCAACAAUGGUCAAUGAAGUUAUUUCUAGUUCUGAAUCAGAAGGAAGUGUCGAUUCUGAUAUAGUUAUGGUAUCAAGCUCAGAACCAGCGGAACCUCCCGCUGGACCAUCCAGAGUUUCCAGUUUCUCAAGAUUACCGGGCCCAUCUAGGAUACAGGGAUCUUCCAGGUUGACAGGUUCCUCCAGAGUGCCAGAGCCAGUGUAUCCACAAAAUUACAUUUCUGAACCUACAUCAAAUAAUAACGUUAUAACAAUCGAAACAAUAUCACAAUCGGACACUGAUGAUGAUUCCUCGGAAGUUAUGGUAGUGGGAUACAUAAAACCACCCCAGGAUAGAACACCUGAGGUGGUGGACUUACUCGGUUCAGACAGUGACGUAAUAGUGCAAGAUACCGUGCCAGAACCGACACCAGACGCUAAUGAAACUCAAGAGAACCGGCCUUUAGUGAAGUUUACUUUGAAACGUCACGUACCAAACGACGACGGCGACUCGGACAGUGGCGAGAGUACUAGUCGGCCACCGCCGGCCGCCCGCCGCCGCCGUCGUCAGCGCUCCAACGACUCCACCACCACCAGCGACACCUACCGCUCCACGCCCUCCCCCGCCAGCGAGUGGCAACCGAUGUCUGACUCGCUCGCCUCGCUAUCCACGUGUCCAUCGCUGAUGAGCCCGUCGACCGACGCCACAUCUACUAGCGAUACCUACAGUGAUUCGAGUAGUACUUCUUCGUCUAAUACUAGAAGAACCAAAAUGCUGAAGCGAAAAACUAAAAGAAAAUCUAAUAAAGAAAGUUUAACAACCGUGAAAGAGAAAAAGAGAAGUAGAACGAAACGUACAUCACGAACUCAUCGCAAAGAUAAACAAUCGGUUCGAUUAGAAAAAGAUAAAUCUAGGAAACGUAAAUCACAUUCUAGUAAAACGAUCAAACCGUUAAAAAAGAAUGAAGCCACUAGUACUGCAGAUCUAAUGCCUGUCAAUAUAGAUCAACCUAGCACUAGCGGAGUCUCUAGUAAUCAUAAAGACAGAUCAAAAAGAGAGCGCAAGCGACGACCACCGAGCUCAGAGAGCAAGCGACGGCCCGCGAGCUGCGAGAGUAAAAGACUGAAAAGUGUUGUUAAUAUUAUGUGUAAUAAAAACAAUGGUGAAUCGAGUUCCAGCGGAACGUGUAAUGUUUUAAAUAGUGCCCUAACAAAUUCAAAUGCUAGUAAUACUUUACCUGAAAAUAGUUUAACGCAAGCAGAAACUUCUGCUACGACGACCAUGAAAGAUAACGAAGAUUCUGAUUCCGAAGAUAACCUGCCAUUAAAUUUGACAAUACAGAAAUUACUUCAGUAACAUGUGAUAUGUAUCUAGCAGUAAAUAAGAAAGAGUUCCUCGCAGGCUCAUCAUACUGAUCUUUCAAUCAAUUGCAUUUUAUACCCCCAGAAUUAUUUGGGAUAUUGUAUAGUGAUAAAUAUCAGGACUGUAUGAAAAAUUUGUAUGUUUCUUGAAUUAGAUUCAGAGACUUGAUUUUGAAGUAGUGUAAUAUAACCAUUGUACAUGAUAGUAUACAUGUCUACUUAUAUAUAAACAUUAUGUAUAGAAUUUUGUUUAUUUCAUAAAUCUUAAAUUUCAAAUGAUUGUGAAUAUUCGUUAAUAAUUGGAUAAUUUUGGUAAUGAAGUGCAAGUUCCUGCAAGUCAAUUUGUUUUAAUUUUGUUUGAAAUACGGGUAUUAAAAUUAAUACUGGAAUCAAUAUUUAUUUAAAAUAAUUAAGAACUCCUGACUCUGACAAAAGAAAUUACCUUUAUGUCUAAAUUGUUACAUCUCCUUACAUAAUAAAUCCAAAUAUUAGUCCUUCACAAUUUUAUAUGUGUAUAUAAUAUACUGUAAUGUCAAUGAUAGUAAUUAUUAGAAUUUUCUAUCAAAUAAAAUAAUGGAAAUUAUUACAUCACAUACGAGUUUACCAAAUAGACCAAUCAAAUUUUUGUAUCUUGUCAAACUUGUAUUGCCAAUUCAGAUGUAUUUGUAACCUAUCACAGGAUAUGGAGUAUAUACAAGUUUACAUAUGUACAAUAAGAAAAACAGAAUAUCUUGCAGAAAAGUUUAUAAAAACAUAAAUCAACAUUACACAUCAGCACAAAAUAAUGAGGUAGUCUUGUAAAUUUAUAUUAAGUUUAAUUGUCUACAAUAUUCCAAAUAUCUACUAAUUAAUCAGCAUCAAUUUACUGUAAAUGUUAAUAUGUACCGAUGUUCGGAGACUGGUAUCACUUAAAUUAUUUAUUCAGACAGCAUAUAUCUUAUAUAGAAUUUUAGUAAAUAAAUGUACA